AUGGCUAAUUCAAAAUAUGAGUACGUUAAGCAAUUUGAACGAGAAAACUACUUGCUAGCAGAAACAUGGAUAGUAGUGCGAGUAGAUGGACGUGGGUUUCAUCGGUUUUCAGAUCGGUACAAGUUUGCAAAGCCUAAUGAUGCGCGGGCACUAGGAGUAAUGAAUGAGGCUGCAAGACGGGUGAUGUCAAUGUUGCCAGACAUUCGGUUAGCAUAUGGAGACAGUGAUGAGUACUCUUUUGUAUUUGCUCGAGAUACAGAGUUGUUUGAACGACGAGAGAGCAAGUUGGUAUCGACGGUAGUUAGUACAUUUACGGCUAUGUAUAACAUGUUGUGGGGGAAGUAUUUCACAAAGACUCCGUUAGAUGAAGAGAUGUUGCCGACGUUUGAUGGGCGUGCGGUAGUGUAUCCUACGGCACGAACGGUAAGGGACUACUUGAGUUGGAGGCAGGUGGACUGUCAUAUUAACAAUUUAUACAACACGACGUUUUGGGCUCUUGUGCAACAAGGCGGGCUUAGUGGGGCUCAAGCAGAAGAACGAUUAAGGGGAACUUUGGCCAGUGACAAGAAUGAGAUUCUUUUUAGUGAGUUUGGUAUCAACUACAAUAACGAGCCGGAAAUUUAUAAAAAGGGCACAAUUUUAGUUCGAGAUUUAUCAAUUUUGUCGGGUCGUGAAGGGGAUCAACAUGAAAGAACGGAGUUGUCAUCGGUAGUAUCAACAGUUGGUGGUGGUAAUGGAGGUGAGAAACGGGCCGAGCUGAGUCAACGGCAAAAGCAACGAGAACAGAAACGGCGACGGAAGGCUGCGAUAGUUGAAUUACAUGAGGAUUUGAUUCGGGAAGAUUUUUGGGAUAAACGGCCAUAUAUUCUUUUGUAG